CCCUCACAUCCCAUUGAGUUUCAGUUCCGACGUUGUGUGCUAGGUUGUUUUCUGUGUCCGACCCGGUGCUCACAGCUCAGUAGAUUUGAAACUGGGAGUUUACAUCCUGGUCUCCCGGAUUCUUCCUACUACCGGUAACUCCUCUGUCCGCCCUCCAGGUCCACGCAAAGCUCUGAACACUCACCUAGAGAGUGAGUAGAGAGCUCAGUUCUUGGACACCCAGGCAAAAGGCUCCAAUGGAACCACCGCAGCAGUUAAGGCUCCUUGUGUUAUCCUCAAAAACCCUCCUCCGCAGUGUAUACAUUGCAGAAAUUGAGUGUACACCCAAGAUCACAGAUUGAGAAACAGCUGGACAAGCUCCCAACACAGCCAUCAUGAAUAUCUUCCUAUGGGGACUCCUCAUGGCAACAGCAGUGGUGCUCCCGGCAUUUUAUUUCAUUAAGGAAAACCCUUUUGACACCACAAGUUUCCUGUCUUUGGAGGAAAAGGAGAUGGUAGCUUGGCAGAGAGCCUGGAUGCAGAUCAGCCCUGGCCUAACGGAGCACCUCAAAAGCUUCAGAGAGAUGCAGAGAAACUCAGAGCCGCUCAAAAAUGUGCACACUCAGAUUUUGAUUGGAGUCCCUCCCGUGGAGAAAAAACUGCUGACCAUAGGAAUUUCCUCGGUGCAGCGUCCCCAAGAGAGCUACCUUUUGGAGACCCUACAAUCUCUCUUCUUGGCUUCUUCCUCACCUGAGCAGAAACACUUCAUCGUUCUGGUACAUCUGGCAAGUCCCAACCCCAAGUGGCUUGGUCAAAUGACCUCCAACAUCUCAACACUCUUUAAACCAUACAUCCAGGCCAGACAGCUAGUAGUGAUCAACACACUGGGGAAAAGCUAUCUUCCUCUGAAGAACCUUAAGAAAAAGUUUAAUGAUACUCCCGCCUCUGUGGCCUUCCACUCCAAGCAGAACAUGGAUUAUGCCUUCCUCAUGAACUUUGCUGCCAACUGCUCUGACUACUUCUUGAUGAUUGAAGAUGAUGUGAAAUGUGUUCCUGGAUUUGUCACCCAGAUUGCUAGUAUUUUGUCUGCCUGGGAAAGAAAGUUUUGGGUGACUCUGGAGUUCUCCCCCCUGGGCUUCAUUGGAAAAGUCUUUCACACUAGAGACCUCCCUUACUUUGUUCGUUUCCUUCUCUUCUUUUACCAAGGAAUGCCUUGUGAUCACCUCCUCUCCCACUUUCUUAAUCUCAGUCACCAAAAACCAAUCCAAUUUUCUCCAUCUCUCUUCCAGCAAAGACAUAAUUACUCCUUGGAGGGCAGAUUCAGCAGCCUCAGAGAAGCUGAGGAAAAUAAUAUUGGCUGUCCCAACAAUCCUGCUGCCACCCUUUAUACCAACCUGAAUGUCGCCAAUGACUCUGUUCUCAUGAAUGCCUACAGCUUGGAUAAAAAUUACUUUUAUACCAAGGAGGCGAAGGCUGGCAGCUACCUGACUGUGUUUUUGUACAGGCCUGCCACAGUGUUCCAUGUGCAAGUCCUCACAGGCUCUGAACUACAAGAGGAAAAUCGGUUGGAAGAGGGACAAGUAGAACUGGGAUAUGAUUCUACUAAUAGAGUCACUGACUGUGAUGACUAUGUUUUCCUGGGGAUGCUAGUAAAUGGCACCCUGAAUAAGCAUGUAUUAUCUGAAGACUCAGGGAAGAAGGUCAGAUGUGUGAGAUUGCUCGUAACAGCCGCUCCACCCUCCGGUUUAAAAGUGAGGCACAUCAACCUUUGGGUUAAAUAAAGUUUGAAUAAUAUAAAGAAAAGCCACCAGAAGGUCUAGAUUGGAGGGAGAGUCUACAGAGUUAACAAAACAUCAAAAUCUUGAAGUUGUGAGAAAAAUCUCUUUCCUGGGCCCUUUCGGGAUUCUUAGUACAGAAGACACAGCCUGUUGAAAGACAGAGUGAAGGUAAUAUCCUUUUGGUCCCAGAGACUUAUAAGUGGAAGGAGAAAGCUUAUUUUAAAAAAAAAAUCUUGAUUUUUCUAUCCCAAAGCAUCUACCAUACAGAUUUUUUUUCCUUGGAGCAAGAAUACCAGACUUCUAAAAAUAACAGGAAAAUGUGAGUGAAACUGAUACUGAGAUCAUAAGACUUCAACAACACAUGAGAGAAAACAAAGAAAGGAUCCUUGCAGCAGCCAAGAAAUGGAUUCAUUAAGGACUGGACUUCCCAUAUGAAAGAGAAAAGUAAAUUGACAAUGAACAGGACUCUUUUCUCCGUGGCCUCUUUUUUCCAUUAUAAAGUACAUGCAACAAACAUGGAACACUUUAGAUGGUAAGCAGAGUCCUCUCUAAAUCAUACAACACACCAAAGGAUUCCUUUUAAAUUGCAUCACAGGGCCAGGGAUUUAGCUCAGUGGUUCCGCCACCUGCCUCGCAUGCACA